AUGUCAAUACCAAGAAGAAUAACUAAAGAAACGCAGAACUUGGCGAACGAACCGCCUCCAGGUAUUGUUGCAGUUCCUGUACCGGAAAACUACAGACACUUUGACAUUUUAAUAAAUGGACCCGAAGGGACCCCAUAUGAAGGUGGGACAUACAAGUUAGAACUUUUUUUGCCUGAGCAAUAUCCAAUGGAACCACCAAAAGUUCGCUUCUUAACAAAAAUAUACCAUCCGAAUAUUGACAAAUUAGGUCGUAUAUGCCUGGACAUUUUAAAAGAUAAGUGGAGUCCAGCACUGCAAAUUCGAACAGUGCUUUUGAGUAUUCAAGCUUUGUUAUCAUCGCCCGAACCUGACGAUCCAUUAGAUUCAAAAGUCGCUGAACAUUUUAAGCAGGAUAAGAAUGACGCAGAAAAUGUAGCAAGGGAAUGGAACAGAAUAUAUGCGAAUAAUACUGCUCUAUGA